AUGCCUGUGCCGACGAUAUCAUUCCUCUUGGGCCUGGUCGUGGUGGCAUAUCUGUUCACACUCGUGGUGUUUGCCAUCUUGCGCAUAGUUACGGGUGUCUCAAUCCAGCGAGUGGGCUACACAGGUUUCAGGCGCAUCGCUUUCUCUCCCCGCCAUGGCAUCAAGGUCAACAUUCGUGGCGUUGGCCUCUCUGUGCAUCGCCCAACGUUCGCCCUACCAACCUGGUGUAGCUUGGUUGUCACAGAGCUGGUAGUGACACUGAACCUGCAGGCAAUCGACGAGGCGGCAAAGCAGCAAAAUGGGAGCUUUGAGAAGGCCAACGGCAAUGCACCGCCGAGACCCAAGACGCCAGCCGAGCAAGAGCAGGAGGACGAGGAGGGCCGCGGGAGGCUUUGGCGGAAGCUCACCGAGACGAAAGAGACGAUCAAGAGACUGCAUAGACAGAUCAACUGGCUCAGACUGCUGGACCUGAUCGCGACUGCUGUGACUUUGAACAUUGAAGGAGUUGGGUCUCUCACGCUGGAGCGCUUGACGCUUUCCGUGGACACGCGCAGACAGACAGUUGAUCGCAGUAGGCUGUUCCAGCAUAACAAGCAUCAGCCGCAGACUCAAAGUCCUGCAGAGUGGAAGUCGAUGAUUAGAAGCGUCCUCUUCACACCCGAAGGUCGCGAAGAUACCGAAAUUUUGGACUACUGCACUGUCAACAUCCAUGGAAUGCUUCAUCGGCAGCGUGAGGGGCUACGCGAUGCGUCAAUCGCGUUGAAGCUCGGUCGUCUCAAUCUACCUUACGAUGAUUUUGAGCAUGCGAUGCGGUGUGCAGAUCUCCUCCGAGGCCGAUAUGCUCAGCCUCAGCAUGACGGCGCCACCGACCUAUCGCUGGCAGACGUUGUUGAUGAGCUGGAUAGGCCUGGCAGCCGCGACGAGAACAUUGUUCGAGCCGUGUCAGAGUCCCGGGCUUUCGUCGCUUCCGUCCUGCGUGGCAUUCAGGAGAUCCAAUUCGCCGUGGGAUUUGUUGGUCUAACUAAGAAGCUGGACCUCAAAUCGCACGGAAACAAGGAAGUCUACUUCAACUUUGCUAUGAAGGAGCUAGGCUUAGAUCUUUUGCGUCUCGACCCGAAAAGUCCAGCGCAUCGGAUGUACUUCUCGCCCAACGACAUUGCUCAUCAAGGUCUCCUCACCGGCAUUGCCAUCGCAGCAGGUAUUGACGAUGGGCAUGACCACCCGGAGCGCAUGCUCUAUAUACCUAUGGUCACAGCCACUGUCAAAACCACUUUACCUUCGCGAACGAUACACUACUCGAGAGUCGAAGAUCCCAGCGAUCGAAACACGAAUAUCUUGUAUGCCAAUUUCGUAUGCACUUCUCCUUCUCUAGACUUGGACCCGAAACACCUGCCACUCGUUCGCGAGAUCACAAAGCAGCGAUCGGAGCGCAAACGCCGGCGUAGUCCGAGCAGCGCUCAUCACCAGCUGAUAUCGCAACUACUACCUAAAGCGCACCUGAAGCUUUCCAUCCAGGAGCCAGUUGUCCGCAUAUCGCUCCCACCCUUAGCCAAAGACGCUGCAGACGAUGACUUCGACUUGCUGAUAUCAUCGGUAUCGUCGGUGGCAUUGGAAUGCGAGUCUUCGCACGCAACAGAUGGCCAGAUACACUAUAGCCUCAAUUCUUACUACCGACACUCGCGCCAUCGGCUUUAUUACCAGGCUGCAGCCGGCGACAGGCAUGACCUUCUGCACAGCGACUUCGUGGAAGUACAAGUCGAUCUCAACGCUUUCCCUGACGUUGCUGUGAAUGCCACCGGUCGCGCUCAAACCUUUACGAUCUUUCUUGUGCGACCCGACAUCUGUGAAGGCGUGCGCCAAAUUGUCAAGCAGCUGCGCCGAAACGUACUUGCACGACCAGAGGACAAGCACAAGCCUCAUGCGAGCUUUUUGCGGCAGAUGCCAUUAUGGCUACAGCAGUGCAAAUUGGAGGGCUCAGACUUUGGCCUCGAGCUCGCUGGGAUCGACGACCAAGUAUCUCAAGACACGCGAGGCUUUGGCUUGCAACUUGAGUCAUGGACCGCAGAAUACAAAGCUAAGCGUGACGAGCCUCACCAGGAUGGGCACAGUCGGCGCAAAUCAGUCUCCAGGACUCCGCAAAAAGACAAGGACAAGAAAGAACAUGGAACGCCAAAGAAGAAGUAUCAGAGCUAUGCUGAUGGCCGACGGCUGACAUUCCACAUACAGAAUCUUGAGGGUACAAUUGUGGAUUCCAUCGAAGAUUCUGAGCCGGAGUCGUUUCUGACGCUGCCACGCUUUGAAAUCGCUUUCUCAACGUCAACGGAUGCACAUGGUCCGAUCUUCCAUAUCAACUCUUUCGCCAAGAGCAUACUUGUGCAGUACUCUUUGUAUACGCAUUUCGCAACUGGCGUCGCGGCUAUGGUCAUCAAGAGGACUUUCCUGGACAGUGCAGAGAGCAGAGACACCAAACCUAGCAUGAACAGAAAUCAUAGCCUUGGGUUGUCUGUUGCUGACCCAGAGCUUGAGGAUAUUGCUCGAAGGGAAAUUACUGCUAUUGACUUCAAAGCGAAUCUGGUACAAGUAAAAAUUCGACUGCCAGCAGAUCCACCAAUGAUGCUGCAAGCCUAUCACUUGGAAGCUGGGCGUCAUCGCUGGUCAACGCCUUUCGCACGCAGCCGACUGACACGUUUGUAUGUCCGAGCUCCUGCAACCAGAUCGGCUUGGAGCAGAAUUAUCAGUAUCAAAGUUCUGCGGCUUGAUCUUCGCGAUAUCAGGCGGAAGGUUGGGAAGCAGUCCGUAUCGGAGAAGACGCUAGAGAUGGCUGCGGAAGCGAUGCGCAUUUCAGUCCCACAUUCACUUGUGGUUCAUGACAUCUUUGACAAUAUCACCAAUGUCAUGAAGACGACGAAGCAGCUUCAACACCACUUCUUGACGCGCACGAAUGAGUACAUUUUGACCAAAGAGCCGGAAGGCCCUAAGCACGUGCCUCGGAUCACUCUCCGGACGCAGAUCUUCCUCUUCGACAUCGAAGAUAGCUUGUUCGAAUCUAAACUUGGUGCUAUCUACAGGGCUGGACUUCUUGAGCAAAAGCAAAGAAUUGCUCGUGAUGAAGCGUUCAACUUGAAGGCCAAGAGAAUCAAUCGGAGCCAAGCGCGCGAAUCCUCGCGAUUGCGUGCCCAGUCGGCACAUGAGAAGCAGCGUUCCAGGUCUCGCAUCAGGCAGACCAAUAAUGCCAAAAGAAGCCAGAGCACUCGCGAGGAGGGCCUAAGUCCGCAGAACAGUCAGAGGCAUCGAAACCAUGGGCGCAAUAUGCGUUACGAUGCCGAUGGCAGGUGCGGCAUUAGUGACGCCCACAACGUCUCCAUCAAUGAAGCGAGGAAGAAGUUAGACCAGUACAAUUCUCAAUCCUGGAAGAACCGAAUCGAUCGAGUAGAGACGUUCCAGAGCCAUGCCAUCAGGGAGAUCAGAAGACUUAUCGGCGUUUCGGACGAUCUCGAAGAUGUGGAGCAGAAUGAGCCUAUCCUUGCCUGGAGUCGCCGACCAGCACUCAUGGUCAUCGCAAUCACUGAUUUCGGCAUCACGGUGGACAAGCCCACCUUUCCGAUCAAUGAGUAUUCGCAAUUCUUGUACAGCGUUGGCAAGGGCAUGCCUCAAGAUAUGAAGUAUGCCCUUCUUGUACCCAUGAACCUACACGUUACCAUGGGCGAGGGUCGAGUACAGCUCCGCGAUUACCCACUCCCGUUACUUCAUAUUCCAACGCUUGGGAAUGGCCAGUCUCCCCGUAUGCCAGCCAUGUCGCUCCGGACUGACUUUGUUAUUGCCGAAGAAUUCCGGGACAUUGAGUCACAGAGAAGUGUCACUGUACAGGUAGUGCCACCUGAGAAGAUGGGUGCCGGGCAAGGAGGCUUUGCAAUCAAUGUCAGGAGAACGAUAUCUACGGUAAAGGUCUACUCAGACAUAAAGAUGGAGAUCAACACCAGCAACGCCACAAGAAUAUCGUGGUCAACAUCCUAUCAGCCUGCAAUUCAAGAUGCGAUGCAGGUGCUGGAAAGCUUCACAAAGCCGCCCGUCGACCCAUCUGAUCGAGUUGGGUUCUGGGACAAAAUUCGCCUUACAUUCCACUCUCGCAUCAAUGUGGCAUGGAAAGGGGAUGGAGAUGUGCACCUGACAGUUAAAGGAUCCCGCGAUCCUUACAUUGUGACUGGAAAUGGUGCUGGUCUUGUCAUGGUGUGGCGAAGCGACGUUAGCUGGAACAUAGCACAAGAUGAAGAUCCACGCAAGUUUAUGACAGUCGACAGCGGAGAGUAUAUUCUAGCUGUUCCAGACUUCAACAACUAUGCUCGACACUCAGAGAACAUGGCCACAGACGACGAUGGAAGUACAUCGUCGGGCUCAAGUAUUUCGAAGAAGGACGUUGUGUUCAAGAAAGUCGUCAUGAAACUCUCUGGCAAGGUAACCUGGCUUGCUGGGCUCAUGUUCGAACAGGACCUUCCAGAAGGAGGCCGCAGCUUUGCGUUCAAGCCUCACUACGACAUUGUGCUCAAGCAUCCAGACUUUGCCAAAGGCUCUGAUGGCUUGGAGUAUGACGCAUUUCGUGGUUUCCGGUCCCAUCACAUUCACAUGUCUGUCGCUGUGGCCGCACCGCACGAUCGCGACUGGUCAGUAACAAACAUCAAGCCGUCCAACAACUACAACUCGGUCCAUUUGACACCUCGGUUCUUCUCGCAUUUCUUCAAUUGGUGGUCCAUGUUUUCUGGGGUCAUGUCUUUGCCUGUCAAGCAAGGGCCUCUUUGGGGCAUCACGGAGAAGAAGAGCAAGAAAUUCGGAAGACAUGUGGCUACGAUCAAAUACAACCUGCUCCUGUCCCCACUCUACAUCAGCCAUGUGUACAAGCACAAAGACGCAGAAGAGUACGCUGGGCAUUCAGUCUCAGCUACCGGCUUGAAAAUGCGACUUGACAGUUUCAUGCUUGAUCUGCAUCAGAGACGAGAGCACUUUGACUUGAAAGGCAGAGAGGGCACAAAGGCGAAGCAGACCAGUGGAAUGCGUAUCAAUCAGGCUCAGUUAGACUUCAUAUCUGCGGAUCUUCGAGCGCUUUCGGCAAGCAUAGAAGGUACCAGCGCGGAGGACAUCGAGAAGGCAAGUGAUGAGACGUUGGCGUCUUUGCAUGGGCAGGUGCCUUUGGUGGACAUGUCCAAAUUCGAUAUUCCAGACAAUGACUUCGCAUGGAUCGACAUGGACGACUUUGUUGAACUGGACUGGAUCCUCCCGGCUGAAGCAGAUCCGAAGACAAAGAUCUUGCCGUUGGGGUACGCCCCGCGGUUUACGUACUUCCGCGAGACUGACCACAAUGGCACUAUUGCAGGCGAUCCCUCAAGAAGUAGUCCUUUCGGUGAUGAGCCUACGCACUUUUGUGUCGUGUCUAAGAAGAAUGAUCCUCGAAGGGUACAGGCGGAGCUUAUCCAGAGACGCCUUGAACUGAUCAAGGAGAAGCAGGCACAGAACGUGCGCGCGGUCGGUGAGCAAGAAUUGAAACUGGUGCGUGACAUCAAAGACGACAAGAAACAGACCGCGGCACUUGAAGCCAAACUUGAAACUCUGCGCGGCCAUAGCUCCCACUUGGAAGGCAAGCACCGCUUCUUGGAAUCAGUGCUUUACGAACUGUUGCAGCGCCUGGAACACGAUGAUCCAUCUGCCGUUCCAGAUCUUGAGACCAGUGAAGCAUUUUUCGAAGCUCACGAGAAGACAUACGACACCAACCAUCCACGCCAGGACCCGGAUCUGUCGAACAUGGACGCUGCGCCACUAGCAGACUAUACGAGUGACUUCAAUAAUCGCUUCAUUGUGCACAAUGCUCAAAUCAAGUGGAACAACUCCCUGCGAAACAUUAUUCUGCGCUACAUUCACCAGAAUAGCCAAAGAAGGGGUUUUGUGUAUUAUAUGUCGCGUCGCGCAGUCAAAUUCAUUCUUGAUGUGCUCGAGGAACGGCAGAACUCGGAAGAGGUUGGCACGCCAAAGAGACAAAGGUCGCGCGCAGCAAACUACACCUCAAGCUCUGCCGAGUCGCCAGAGGCCGACGACGAAGAGACUGUACAGGACAGAAUCGACCAGCUUCUUCGUGAUGGACGCCAUUUUGUUGAUGCAGAGGAGCCCGUCAAUGAGACUUGGGAUAGUGGACCUGGUAACUCUGGACACGAUGACAUUGCGACCGAAUUUGCUCCCCUGAACACUUAUCACUUCCGUCUGAUCGCACCGCAAGUCCAGCUUCAAAGCGAGAAGAACUCUCAAUCAGCUGUGCUCGUCACAGCAAAGGGAAUGCAGCUCAAAGUCGUCCAGAUAAUGGAGAAAGACAAGAUCGAUGACGAUGUCAGCGGACUCGUACAGCGCAGGUUCAAUGCGGCGGCGGACAGCGUUCAGAUGUUCGUCACAAGCACGAAGACUUUCUCCACAGAAUAUCUGCACUUCUACUCUGCCAAUCGCUAUGGGGUCAAGGCUGGCACUUACUGGCCGCCUUGGGUGCCAAUGGAGAUUAUGUUCGAGUUCCAAACGAAUCCUUAUGGGUUCCAUCGUGUUGUCCAUCGGACCUCUGCCAGCCUGCGAUACGACAAGUACAACCAGCUGCGUCUCAAAUACAACGACGACAUCUCAGGAGGCGAACCCAAGUCUGCCGAGAGCGCAGAAGAGGCGGAGAGCCGGAUGGAUCAUGUAUGGCUGGAAUUCCCACAUUUCCGCGCCAUAUGCGACUCGACUCAGUACUUUGCUAUGUACGUCAUUGCCAUGGAUCUCUUGCUGUAUAAUGAACCUCUUGAGAAGACUAGAAGUGAACGUCUUGAGAAGAUCAUGCUUGCAUCAGAUUUCAGUGACUUGACAGGAGCUCCGGAAAUGGUUCAGAUGCUGCAGGAGCGUAUCCGACAGCUGGAGGAGAUCAAAAUGCAUUUCCAGGUCAAUGAAAGGUUCCUCGAUCGCCAAGGCUGGAAAGACCGCAUCAAGCUCGACCAGGAUCUUGCCAGCUGUGAGGACGAGCUAUUCUUCAUGAUGAAAGCUAUUACAACAUCGCAACAGCAUGUCGAAGAGCGACGAGAGACUGGAAAUUCCGGUGGCUUCAUGCAUUUGCAUGUCGCUUCCAAAGAGCUCGCUUGGCAUCUUAUCCGGGACAAGGGUGAGUCACUGAUCGAGUUACAGCUCAAGGACGCCACAUUCGACAGAACCGACAACUAUGAUGGGUCGAACUACAAUAUCAUGGAGAUUGACCGCAUCAAUGGUUUCAACUUGCUGAAAGAUGCCAUCUAUCCGGAGAUUAUAUCUCCUUUCACAGAUGAGACCAAGGGUGGCCGGCGUUUGCGAGACGCAAAAAUGCUGAGAGUUCAGUGGCUGAUGCUCGAGGCCAUUGCCGGUAUCCCAGUCGUGGAUUACUUUGAAGUCGACCUCGUGCCUCUUCGACUUCAGAUUGAGCGCGAUGUAGCUCGCAAGAUUUUCGAGUACAUCUUCCCGGGCGUUGGCGGCAAAGCUUUCGAUGGUGGCUUUUCGCCAUUCAUGGUGAAGAACAUGCUACCUGCCCAGGAUGAAGAAGACGAAAACGGCCCAGACGGACAAGACUCGCAGAGUGUGUUGGGAGCAGACUCCACCGAUCGUGUCGACCUGAUACCAAACGAUGCUAGUGGUCCUGGCUCUCUGGACGCUCGCCUCAAACCGACGCUGACUCUGCACAAACACAAACAGAUGCAUAGCAAGAGUGACAGCAAGGGCCUGGGUAUUUCCAACGGUCCGUCACGUACGGGUGACGGCACUCGAUCUAAUGCCUCGCGACAUGCUCUUUCGCGGACGAAGCUCUCGCCGAUGUCACGUUCGCCUAGUUUGCGCUCACUCUCUACGAUGCGUAGCACAGCUGGCAGUCAAGAUGCAGACGACAAGGUUGACAAGAGCAAGAGACUCGCUGUGGCGCAGAAGUUCCACGAAGAUCACAAGAAAAGGAAGAAAGACAAGGAAAAGGACCACGAUCAGCCCUCCGACGAUCUUACACAAAUGAUGAGCAGAGCGUCGAAUUAUAUGACUCUCGCCUACGUCAAGAUACCUAGCAUGGUUCUAUGCCUGUCGUACAAGGGGCAGGGAAAGCGCAACAUCGAAGACGUGCAUGAUCUCGUCUUCCGCAUGCCUACACUGGAGUACCGCAACAAGACGUGGUCCAACCUAGAUUUGGCGAUGCAGCUGAAGAAGGAUUUCGUCCGUGCGCUGAUCAGCCACGCCGGUGCCAUUGUGGGAAACAAGUUUAGCCAUCACAAGCCGAACAGGCAGCAGCAGUCUCGACUGCGUGAGCUCGCAAACAGAAGCACAUUUAUGAGUCCCAAUGCAAGCCAGGCUCAGAUGGGCGUUGGGAGCAACCCAUCAACACCAUGUACACCAAUAUUCAGAAUCACAUAUUUGUGA